AUGGAGUAUGAGGAGGCCCCUUGUGAGCAGAGUGUAUCUGUAGGAGAGUCACAGGUGGAGGCUUCUAAGAAAGCUCCAACAACUCAGAAGACCCAUCCUUGUGAGCAGUGUGUCUCAGUCUUGAAAGAUAUUUUGCAUCUAACUGAGCUGCAAACAGCAUACCUUGAGCAGAAAGCAUUCUUCAGUGAUGUGUGUAUGAGAGACUUCUGUUUCCGUGGAAACCUAUACCAGCAACAAAGACCUGCCAGUGGAGAGAAGCCCUGGAAAGGACAUAAGAACAAGGCCUCCUUUGUGACUAGGUGUGGCUUUUACGUAUCAGGGCCACUUUUCAUCAGUAGGGAUAUUGGGAAAGCCUUCCCAGCCAUCUCAAGCUUUUUCCCCCAUCCAGCCAUUCCUAACACUGAAGAGCCACACAGUGGCAGUGAGAGUGGGCAGGCCUUUCAUGGGAGAAAAACUCAUCAUCCAUCAGUUGAAUAUGAAGAAGCUGCCAGUCACAGGCAGAAACUUGUUCAAUGUGAGAGUAUCUGUUCUGGAAAAGAGCUUUAUGAGAAUAGCAAAAGUGGGAAGGCCUUCAGACAAACUUUGAAACUCAUUCCACAUUGGGGAGUUCAUAGUGGAGAAAAGUUGCAAGAUUGUAGUGAUUGUGAAAAGUCCUUCAGCCAAAGCUCUAGCCUCACUCAACACUGGAGAAUUCACAAUAGAGAAAAGCAAUAUGAGUCCACUGUUUGUGGGAAAUGCCUUCGCCCCAAAUUUGUCCUUGUUCAGCAUCAGAGAAUUCACACUGGUGAAAAACCUUAUGAGUGUAGUGAAUGUGGGAAGUCUUUUCGCCUUUCCUUUUUUCUCAUCAAACAUCAGAGAAUUCACACUGGUGAAAAGCCUUUUGAGUAUAGUGAUUGUGGGAAGUCUUUUAGACAAAGCGGUAAGAUCAUUGAGCACCGUAGAGCUCACACUGGUGAAAGGCCUUAUGAGUGUAGUGUAUGUGGGAAAUCUUUUAGUCGCAAAUAUCAUCUCCUAACACAUGACAGAGUUCACUCUGGAGAAAAGCCAUAUGUGUGUAGUGAUUGUGGGAAGUCUUUCAGCCAAAGGACUGGCCUCCUUCGUCACCAGAGAGUUCACACUGGAGAAAAGCCACAUAAGUGUAGUGUUUGUGGGAAAUAUUUUAGCUACAAAUCUUCCCUUUUUAGACAUGAGAGUGUUCACAGUGGAGAAAAGCUGCAUGAAUGUUGUGAUUGUGGGAAGUCCUUCAGCUGAAGCUUUAGCCUCCUGCAACACCAGAGAAUUCACACGGGAGAAGAAGCCCUUUAA